GGCAGUUGACAGUUGAAGCUCUGGUGGCUGAUACUAUAGUCUUGCCUUGGAAGAGCGAGCUAGUGUGCUUUGCAGCUAGUGUUAUACUUCCAGCGAUUUAUCUUGUUGUUCAGAGCACAAUAAAAUCUGUGGUUUUCCUGAACAUUUUUUUAUUUUAUUUUUUCUAUUUGGUGGAUUUAUUGGACAUCUGGAGAUGAGCCGGAGAACGGAGCUGAGACGGCUCCUGGAGGAUCAGAGGAGGUGGAGCCGUCACGGAGAUCAUGAUGAUUCAACCCAGACCGUAUUUGAGGAGAGACUGCGGUCUGAGCGCCGAGGAGGUGAAAGGAGAGCUCGUCAGGACACCCAGGAACAUCUGCAGAGACCUCAGAGGGAGCAGAGACACCGAAGCCGUUCUCCUCUUCCUGCUCCUGAGAUGGCACCAACAGACGGACCAAGUCCAGAUCCUCUCCCUGGUCCAAGUCAUCUACAGCCAACGUCUCAGCAGCCAGCGGAGAAUAGGCAGAAUCUCUCGGACAUGGUGCACGAGAUCGUCAUGCAGAUGAGGACAGCCGCUGAGGGAGCUGACAAUGAGCAGAAUAUCCCGGCCAUUUUGGAAGAGAUCAUCGAACAGAACAGGCCAGCUGUGGUGGAAGAGAUGCACAGGCAGAAUGUCCAGGCCCUGCAGCUAAGGAUCAGAUUUUUCCAAUCUACCAUCAUUGCUGGGGAUGAAGCGACACAGUCAUGUGCCAUCUGUCUGAUGCAGUACCAAGAUGGGGAGCGAGUGUCUACCCUGCCCUGCAGCCACAAGUACCAUCCAAGCUGCAUCUCACAGUGGUUUGCAACACAUUCCAGCUGUCCCCUGUGCCGCAGAGAGUGCAUCCCAGCGCAGAUUGAGUGUUGGAUCUCCUGAAUACGGUAAGAGGAAGAUCUAAAUUACCACCUUCUCUAGAUUCCAUACCACCUCCUCCACUCUACUUUGGGCCUACUGCCCACACUGCUCACCGGGCCUAGUGCUCGCCUAUUGUGCCAUUCUAUUGGGUCUAAUGCCCCUUUUAUAUUGACCGGCCUAGUGCCUGCCUAAUGAUUCCCAGGCCUAGUGCCUGCUAUGCCCACGGGCCUAGUGCCGAACCCUGGUGGUCUAGGGUGGGACCGUCUGGAUUUACCCAUCCUAAGGGCGGUGGCUGGACCAAGCUUGGUCCAGACCCGCCUACCGCUUGGUCUUGCUCCCACCACCUUCGGCCUUCCUUGAAUCUUCACCUGGGCAGUGGUGGCCAGUAAAAGCUAUUUUACGUCGCACACCACUGUCCCAGGACUUCGACGGUUUCACCACAUCUGCGGCAUUGAGCCGACUUAUCCAUCCUGCGGCCUAGCACCGGAUGAAGCGAUAUCACAGCUUAGCACUGACUUACAACACCUAUAGCCUAGCGCCGACUUAUCCAAUCUGCGGCCUAGCGCAGGAUCAAGAGAUACUACGGCCUAGUGCCGACUUACCACACCUGUGGGUAAUCGCACAAUGUAAGACUACUGGGCAUUGUGCCCUUGCCUAUACCAACCUUGUCGUCCACAUAGUAGCUUUGGGCUUACCGCCCACUGUGCCCUGGCCAAUUGUUGCCUAUAUGUGGGACUUUGCUGCCAUGGGCGUGUUGCCCGCCUACCUGAAAUGAUCCAAAUGCUUUGGGCCUAUUGCUCACCUACCUGAGCCUCUUACAAUAGCUUUGGGCCUUAUGACCACGGGACCCCGACCUAUUGCUGCCGUUAGGGGCUAAAGAUUCUAUCCAUGGGCCUAGUGUCCAUGUAGUGUGCACCUCCAUUGGGCCUUCUGCCCACACUGCUCACCGGGCCUAGUGCUCACCUACACUGCCAUUCUAUUGGGCCUAAUGCCCCUGUAUGUCACCCGGGCCUAGUGCCCGCGUAAUGAAUCCCAGGCCUUGUGCCUGCUAUGUCCACGGGCCUAGUGCCCGAACCCUGUUGGUCUAGGGUGGGACCGUCUGGAUUUACUCAUCCUAAUGGCUGUGGCUGGAUGAAGCUUGGUCCAGACCCGCCCAACGCGCGGUCUUCGCCGGAGGCGGGAUGUCUCCUACCACCUCCGGGCUUCCUGGAGUCUUCACCUGGGCAGUGGUGGCCAGUAAAAGCUCUUUUCCAUCGCACACUACUGUCCCAGGGUUUCGACGUCUUAUCCACAUCUGCGGCAUAGCGCCGACUUAUCCAACCUGCGGCCUAGUGCCGGAUGAAGAGAUACCACAGCUUAGCGUUGACUUACCGCAUUUGUAGACUAGCGCCAACUUAUCCAACCUGCGGUCUAGCGCAGGAUCAAGUGAUACUACGGCCUAGUGCCAAUUUACCACACCUGCGGUUAAUCGCACAAUGUAAGACUACUAGGCCUUGUGCCCUUGCCUAUACCAACCUUGUCAUCCACACAAUAGCUUUGGGCUUACCGCCCACUGUGCCUCAGCCUAUUGUUGUGUAUCUGGGGGACUUUGCUGCCAUGGGCCUGUUGCCCGCCUACUUAAUAUGAUCCAAAUGUUUUGGGCCUAUUGCCCACCUACCUGAGCUUUGUGCCUAAUGACCACGGGGCCCAGCUAUUGCUUCUGUUGAGAGACAAAUCUUCUAUCCAUGGGCCUAGUGCCCGCCUAAUGUGCAAGUCUAUUGGGCCUACUGCCCACACUGCUCCUCGGGCCUAGUGCCCACUUAUUGUGCCAUUCUAUUGGGCCUUAUGCCCCUUUAUGUACACCGGGCCUAGUGCGCGCCUAAUGCGACCCAGGCCUAGUGCCUGCUAUGCCCACGGGCCUAGUCUCAAACUCUGGUGGUCUAGGGUGGGAACGUCUGGAUUUAUCCAUUCUAAGGGCUGUGGUUGGACCAAGCUUGGUCCAGACCCGUCCUCCACGUGGUCUUCGCCAGAGGCGGGAUGGCUCCCACCACCUCCGGGCUUCCUGGAGUCUUCACCUUGACAGUGGUGGCCAGUAAAAGCUCUUUUCUGUCGCACACCGCUGUCCCAGGGCUUCCGACGUCUUCACCGACAAGUGUCGGAUCUUUGAGCUUCACCCGCGGGCGGAGGUGUGUAACAGCUCUUUCACAACUGCCACCACCCUCCAGGACUUCCGGCACCUUUCCCUGCAUCUUCUAUCUUCAAUCUUCGGGAGCUCUUCACUGCUUCCUCCCGGCUGACAUACUGCUCACCCGUGCCCGGCGCUGGCUGAUAUGAGCCAGUGCCAGGAGGCGGGGCUAUGAUGUAGCGAGCCAGGAUUGACUUGCCGCCGCCACUCGAUGCAGGUACGCCGCCAUUACACACGUGGAGCGGAAGUGCUUAUUCACCAAUGCCUCCAUGGCCGCUGCUGAACUCUGCAUCCAGCUGGACAGGUGGGGACUGGACCAGACACGGCCCAGGUCCCCAGCGCUGCCUGGUUCCACUGCCGGAUACUUCCCCAUAGGACGGCACCAGGAUCCCUCUUGAUCCCAGCCCGUCCCAGGCAAGGAAGAACAGAGCACAUAGUAGCAGGUCCAGUGACUGCGCUAGUACACUGGGCAUUGCUACACAUGUGCAGUACAGGUCCCUCUUGAUCCCAGCCCGACCCAGGAAAGGAAGAACAGAGCACAUAGUAGCAGGACCAGUGACUGCGCUAGUACACUGGGCAUUGCUACACAUGUGCAGUACAGGUCCAUGACAUUGGUCAUACUACGGUAUUAGAUUAUCAGUGAUUGACAGUCUGAUUCCGCUUGAUGGGUGGGGAGGGGUGGCAACAGCCUGUUUCUCAAAAUGGAUUUGUGUUGCCAAUGUUUUUAGGGAGGGACUAGGCCAGGAUUAUCCGCCUGAGGUUGUAGAUUUCAUGGCUCCUUCAUAGUAGACGCGGUGGCUGACUUGCGCGACUCCUUGGGUCACUCAGCCGGCCGAUAGUGUUGCAGAAGAUCUGAUACUACCUCCUAGGAUGCAGCUCGGAUCAGUAAUGCACGCAGGAGGCAUGACGCAUCCUGCUGUAUUACCAUAUUAGCGCUACCACUGCUGCUUUUGUAUAAGCAGCAGAUAUAGUUCCUCCAUCCACAUCUGAAUCAGGCCCACUGUGCUCCUACUGGCCAGUGGCCAUCUUAUGUGUGGCACCGGGGGAAUCCUUUGCAUACCCCACAGCCGUCCUGCUUUGGAUAGGAUAGUCCCGCUUUUCGGGAACUGUCAGGCUGUCCCAUCCGCGGGGAGCAAUGUCCCGGGGUGAGGGGAGUUAGGGGGAGCACUCUAACCCGUGCUCUGCAUAGCAUACAUGCCAUGUGCAAGGAAUCUACCAGAGCCUGAUUCAGGAGGCGUCAUAUGCAAAUAGACAUCACCUGAUGGCUUCUCUGAUCUGCUGCUGUUCUGAGCAUUGUACCACCUGUGUUAGCAUCGAUCAUCUGAGUAAACCUUAGGCCUUGACGCACCAAGAAAACGGGUCCGACAUCAGUGGCGGAACUUGAGAGUGUUGGGCUCAGGUUCAAAAAUAUGUUCUGGGCUCCCCUCCUCCGUCAUAAGGGGGUUUUCACAUCGGCGAUGUCAUUUAUAGCUUCGGCUUUUGCUCCCCUUGUAGUGGCUAUGGCCCCUGAUUCUGCACGGCCUUUGACCAUGGUUCAGGGUGGGGGUCUUAUUUCCGUCCCAUCCAGACCGGCGAUGCAGCAGUUUUUGCAGGCAUGUCAGGACAUGGGAGCGGCUGUUGUCCAACUGGGUAUGAGCGCACCUGCAACAGUAGAGUAUACUAGGGCGCCCGCUAUGGUUUCUCCUCCCCUUUUGGCCGCCUCAGUAGCUUAAUCUUCGGAGGCGGCUUUAACUCCUUAUUCAUUGUUUGAUGAAGAGCUGAGAGAAGAUGAAGCUGUUUCCUCGGCGGAGGCGUUGGUGACUGGUCAGACCGAGACUUCAGGUGAGGCAGAGACAGAUUAAGGGGGGCCAGGGGAUAUGUUACCUUGGGCCCUCUCGCCUCUUAGGGGCCCCCCAUGAGGAACCAAUUUUGUCUUUCAGGGAUGGAGACAGCAGCUUUGCCUACAUCUCUGCAGCGGCCGGGGCCACCCGCAGUCACAAUCAGAGCACCUGCCUGGCAGCUCCUCACAGAGAGCUCUGAUCGGCAGAUCUCUCUGCAUUGGAUACAUUACACCCACACAGCUGAGGCCGGGAGCUACUGAGCAUGUGCAGCAGCAGAUCAGCUCACAUGGACUCCAGCAGUUACUAUCCUCCUCCUCCUCUUCCUGUUUUGGUUAAUUUUGUAUUUUGUAUGUGUAUGCGUGUGUUUUGUAGGUAUGCUGUGUGUGUAUGUGUAGGUAUGCUGUGUAUGUAUGUAUGUAUGUAUGCUGUAUGUGUGUGUAGGAAUGCUGUGUGUGUAUGUGUGUAUGCUAUGUGUGUUUGUAGGUAUGCUAUGUAUGUAUGCUGUAUGUGUGUGGGUAUGCUGUUUGUAUGUAUGUAUGUAUGUAUGUAUACAUGCUGUGUGUAUGUAUGUAUGUAUGCAUGAUGGGUGUGUGUAGGUAUGCUAUGCAAGUAUGUAUAUAUGUAUGUAUGCUAUGUAUGAUGUGUGUUAUGUGUAUGUAUGCAGUGUGUAUAUAAGCAUGCUAUUUGUGUUUGUAGGAAUGCUGUCUAUGUAUGUAUGUAUUUAUGUGUGUGUGUGUGUGUGUGUGUGUGUGUGUGUGUGUGUGUGUUUUGUGUAUGUAUGCAUAUGUGUGUUUGUAUAUAUGCUGUAUGUGUAUGAAUGCAUGUAUGUGUGUAUGCAUUCUAUGUGUGUAGGUAUGCUGUGUGAAUGUAUGUAUGUAUGUAUAUAUGCUGUGUGCGUGGGGAUUCCGAAUGUCAUUAUGCUGACAUCGGCAUCCCUAGCGGUGGAAUGCCGGCAGGGGGGCGAGCGCAACUUAGCCCCCUGGGGGCUCGGUGGCGAGUUACGCUCACCACAGGUUUUAUUCUCUCUCUAUGGGUGUCAUGGACACUCAUAGAGGGGGAAUCACCUACCUCGCCGGUAUACCGGCGGCGGCAUGGUGCCCCCAUUGGGAUCUCAGUGUCUGUAUUGUGACUGCCGGGAUCCCGACUGUCGGUAUGCUAACUGGGGAUUCAGAGGAUGAUGGCUCUGGCUCUGCUACUAGCGCGGUCAGGGCAUGGAAGCGUGCUGCUAAGGGGGGUAUUCAAUUACGUGCCUUUUUUUGACCAGUCAAAAAAAAUAGCACUAAUUCGACCCAGGGCAUUCAGUUGCGGGCUUUUCACCCGGUUUUUAAUCCAUUUUCGCCCAUGCCAUUUCACUUUUUUUUUUUGAAAUCGGCAUUGGCAAAAAUUGCGCCUAAAAUGAACGAAAACACCUGCAAAUUUGCCAAAACACGUGUAUCGGCGGUGGAUUCCCCAAUACACGUGGUUUUCGCCAGUGCCGGAUUUUUCGACCAGUCAAAAAAAACAGCUCGAGCAUUGAAUAGGGCGAAUGGAAAUUCGACCUAAAAAUGGGUGAAAAGUGCAGUUCUUUCGACUGGUCGAAAAAAACAGUACUAAUUGAAUACGCCACUAAGUAUGCUAGGCAAGAGGCGGGUUAGGCGUGAUUGGCUAUGCUCUGGCGAGUUUAGAUAGUUUGCGCAGGGCUUAGCAGCGUUUAGGCGCAUGCAGGAAUUGUUGCGCUGUUUGUUGCGUGUUGCGCUGUCUUGUACGUCUCCCCCUGUCCUCCCUACUCGGGGAUUAGCUACUCGCCACUGUUGGCAGUGGGAGUUUAAAGGGAUUUAACAAUUUUUUACCUGGACUGACGGACUUAAUUCGGCUUAAUUAUACUUGAUUUGGCUAAUUGGAUUUCAAUUAUAUGUCCCUCAGCAGGUUUUAAGUUUUACCUCUGACCGAGUUUACUUGUGUGACCCCCCCCACCCCUUUAUUUGUUUUACCUAUCCUAUUGUAUCUAUAUGUUGCUUCGAUUGGCCUGAAGCUCAUUUACAUGGAAUUUCCAUGAUUUUUUUUUUCUUUUUGGCAGAUCGUCAGGGUGAUAGGCGCAAGGGUUGCAUAGCUGGCCGCACAUGUUUUCUGCUCAGCUAGGUUUAUGGCUUUAAAAUUAAUGUA